AUGGAUUACCUUUACUUGGUGUCUUCACCAACUCCACUCGCAUCCCUCGAUUUCUCCCUGCUGGGGAUCCUCCUAACCGUGUUGCUGCAGCAUCUUUCUCUCUACCUGAUCUUUACUGGAAUGUCCUUGGCUGCCGCCACGGGCCAUGUCCUCCUUGUUGAUUCAACAUGGCAUCAGGUCUUUGUGUGGAACCCUAUAAACGGCCACAAGCGCUUAAUACAAGCCCCAUCUGAUGUGGAUCCUCGUUUUAAUUAUGGGAAUGUGCCUGAAAGCAAUGCUGCUGUGGUUUGCGCAGCAAACCAUGCUGACCAUGGUUACUGCCACUCUUGUCCAUUUUUUGUAGUAUGGGUUUUCACCAGCACCCGCUAUGCUUAUGCCACUAGAUACUCAUCAGAAAGUGGCAGGUGGGAGAUGAUGGAAUCUUCACCAAUACCAUCUGAUGUUGAUUUCAGGCCUAGCAUCCUUGUCAGGAAUAUCUUGUAUUGGCCGUUGAAGUCAAAGCAUAUCCUUGCAUUUGAGUUGGUCACACAUAGGUUAUAUCAUAUUGAGUGUCCACCAAAGACACAUGAUAUAUACAGGAGGAAUGUCCACAUCAUGAAAACAGAGGAUGGUGGUCUAGGUCUUGCUGCUCUGGCAAAAUUUAACCUGUGCCUAUGGGCAUGGGAAACUGAUGCUGAGGGUGUUACAGGAUGGGUACUGCGCAGGAUCAUUGAGUUGGAUAGAUUCCUGCCGUUGGAUGUAUCGUCUCUGCCCUCACCGGAUAAUGGUUCAUGUGGAAGGCCUCCUGUCAGGAUAUUGGGUCUUGUUGAGGAUGAUGAUUUGGUUUUCUUAUGGACAAUAAGUGGGGUUUUUGCGGUUCAUCUCAAGUCAAUGAAGUUCAAAAAAGUGUUUGAGGCUGAUGUCUCUGCAACUGUUUAUCCCUACACAGGUUUUCGCAUUGCAGGUGCUUACAUCAUAUGA